AUGUUUUCUAAUAGAAGAAUUAAAACACGAUGGAAUCGUUUAUGCUAUAUUAUUAUUCUUUUUAUAUUCUUUCUAUCUGUUUCAAAUAUUGCUUACAAGUCAUCAAUAUCUCAUUCAAUCCAAUCAAAUAAUUGUUCUCUAUUUUGUCCUUAUUCAAGUACAUUAAGCAAUGAUACACUUCAAUUCGAUUCAUCACAUUUUAUUCGACAUUUUCCAGACUUUGUUUGUCCACAAAAUUUUCGAAAUCUUGCUGAUUGGAUAUAUGGGUGGCCUGAUCAAUUUAAUGAACAUUUAGAAAGAACAACUGAUCAAGGAACACAAAUUGCUCCUUGUCUACCAUCUGGUAGUAUUAUUUAUGUUCGUAUAUGGGCAAUAGAUGAAUUCUUCGAUAAGAUUUAUCCUUAUUUGCAAAAUAAAUUUGUAUUAGUUACUGGUGAAGGUGAUUUAUCAUCACCAAUUCACAUGGAAAUUCUCGAAAAUCCUGAUUCAAAAAUAAUUCAUUGGUUUGGACAAAAUGGACAAUAUGAUGUUUCAAGAAGUAAAAAAUUUACUCAUAUACCAAUCGGUAUUAAUUGCUUUGAAAUGGCUGAUGCUAUUCAAAGUGUAUAUGUUCAACAACGUAAUCAUACAUUACCUUCAAUAUUUAAUGAGUUAGAUGAACCAGCUAAAUAUAUUCAACCACAAGAUGUAUCACAUCGUGCACUAAGUACAGGGAUAAAAACAGAAGACUUACUAUUAAUUAAUUUUGAUAAAGGUACUGAUGGAAGUGGCCUUCGUUUACACAUAUGGAAACAACUAUGUACGAGUAAAAAUCGACAUAAGUAUCCAUUUGUGAAAUGUAUAGGCAAACCAGGUGGUGUUCAAAUAGAAGAGUUACCAAAACUUUACGAACGUAAUCGUCAAUAUCCAUUUUGGUUAUCACCACGUGGUAAUGGUAUUGAUUGUCAUCGAACAUGGGAAGCCCUUUAUCUUGAUAUAAUACCAAUUGUAUGGAAUACUUCUUUAAAUGUUCUCUAUGAAAAUUUACCUGUUGUAAUUAUAAAUAAUUAUGAAGAAUUAAAUGAAAAAUUUUUAUAUGAAAAAUUAAAAGAAAUAUCAGAAAAGAAAUUAUCACAAAAAAAUGUAUAUCAAUAUGAAAAAUUACGUAAUGCUUAUUGGCGUCGUUUAAUAUUAAAGAAAUCAAGACAUCGAAAUAAGAAGAGUACCUAUUUACGUAGGAAACGAUGUUGGAGUGCCAAAAGUACAGUUAAUUGGAGACAAUUUUUACCUUAUUAA